UGGGAGCAGCGCUUCGGCGAGCUGCAGGCGUACAAGGCGCGCUUCGGCAACUGCCGCGUGCCUCGGGGGUGGAGCGAGAAGCCGCAGCUUGCGAAGUGGGUCGACAACCAGCGCCAAGCGAAGCGGAAGUUUGACCAGGGCGACGAGCGAGCGUCGAUCACGCAGCCGCGCUUCGAGCGGCUGACCGGCAUCGGAUUCGAGUGGGACCCAGCCGCCGACCUUUGGGAGCAGCGCUUCGGCGAGCUGCAGGCGUACAAGGCACGCUUCGGCAACUGCCGCGUGCCUCGGGGGUGGAGCGAGAAGCCGCAGCUUGCGACGUGGGUCGACAACCAGCGCACCGCGAAGCGGAAUUUUGACCAGGGCGACGAGCGAUCGAUCACGCAGCCGCGCUUCGAGCGGCUGACCGGCAUCGGAUUCGAGUGGGACAGAGCCGCCGACCUUUGGGAGCAGCGCUUCGGCGAGCUGCAGGCGUACAAGGCACGCUUCGGCAACUGCAACGUGCCU